GAACACAACCCCGACACUAAAAUAAGCCAACUCCGCGCUUCUUUCUCUCUAUGUUUCUUGCAUCUUCUUCUCCUUCUUUACUCUCUAUCUAUAGAGACAUAUUUGCUUUGCUCUGCUUUUCCUCUCGAACCCAUUUCCAUUUUUUAAUAAUAUUAUUUCACAAAUAUCACACACACUCUCUCUCAAUGAAAUUUCGCUUAUAAAUUUCUCUCUCACUUUCACUGUCUCUGCCACAAUUUUUUUAUUUUUAUUUUUUCCAAAUGGCCUCUCUACAGCUUCUGAAACCCACUUUCACUUCGAUUUCCACUUCCCAUCCUGGAAAAUCCAGCUGGGUUUUCCGGGAAUCGGAUUCCAGGAAAAGGGUCCUGAGGUUUGCUUCUUCUAUUUCUAGGAAUUCAGGAUACUACUACACCAACAGAAGCUUUAGGGUCUGUUGUGAAGGUCGAGAUACCGACAACCAGAGCAAUAAUGGUGAAGAACCUGCUGAAUCGUUAUUUAUGAAGGAACUGAGGAGGAGGGGUAUGACUCCAACUUCGCUGCUUGAAGAAAAAAAAAGGAACAACUAUGGGCCGGAGAAUGAGAUAAACUUGGAGGAAGAGGAUAGAGGAUUUUCAAAUAGAAAUGCAGUCUCAACUGAACUUGAGAAAAGCCUAUCUAAUCAAAGGGAGCGCUCCAUGGCAUUGAACAGUGAAGGCCUUGAGGGGUUAAUUCCUCGGGCUAAACUUCUGUUAACAACUGGAGGAACAUUCUUCUUAGCAUUUUGGCCAUUGAUCCUAAUAACCAUUGCAUUCUUUACAGCUCUCUACCUUUAUUUUGGAUCAACCUUUGUCCAUGAUGGAAGCAGCACACCUAUUUCUCCACCACAAUAUAUUGAUCCAUACGCACUUCUGGAAGAAGAAAGAAUUUCGCAGACUGCCCCUCGUAUAAAUUAAAGGAGACAAUAUUUUCGCAUUCAACAGCUUCUGAAAACACGAAUUAUGUGUUUCUGUGGCUUAAUCACCUAGCUUCUUCUUUUUUUUUUUUUCUUUGCCUGUAUAAAUCCUCACAUUAGUAAAGUAGCUUUCAUGUUAAUUUUAUGUUGGGGAAGUGUCUUGCACGCCAUUAUCUAUAUCUGCAUGCCAAAUUUGUUGUGUUAAAGGCCCUGAAUGGUUUAAAUUCCAAAGAACCUUAUUACUAGUAGUAAAUGGCUUUUUACUGACUUA